AAAAUAGUAUAAAACAAGCAAUGAUAACUGGAUGAGGCAAUUCCAGUUCUUCCGAUUCUCCGAGGAAAGUUCAAUAAAUUUUCAUUUCCAAAGAAAAAAACAAAAAAAAUGAAGUCCUUCCUUUGUUUCAUUGCCCUGGUGGUGGCCAUUUCAAUUUCCCCCUGUGAGAGCAAUGUUGUCGACUAUGAGGCCGACACCUAUGACUACUACUACGAACAGGAAGAGGGUGGCGAUGUAGUGGAUUAUAGUGCCGGUGGCAGCGUUGAUUACAACGAGGAAUGGUGGAACUGGGACAUUUUCGAUUGGGAAUGGUUGGUGAAUUUCAAUGUCCAACAGGGACCCGAAGAGGAGGGACUCCACCACGUUGGCCCUCACGAACCCCAUCACCAUCAUGAACAUGAUGGUCAUGUGUCCCGUCCCAGACUACAUCGUCCCGAAGUAGCCGUUGCCUAAGGCAUUUUUACAGCUUUCUUUUACUAGCGAUCAAUAAAUAAAAAGGCAUCUUAAGAAAAAAUUAA